CACAGAUGCUCUUCGUCUGGGAGCGGACGUCGAAUCUCAAAGCCAGUCCGUGGUUAGCCUGGGUGACGACGGCCGUGGUGCUGUGGCGUUGCCGAAGUCGCAUCGCCCGGGCGGUCCUCGCGGUCUCGCCGCUGAGAUUGCUGAGGAGGCGAGCCAGCGAUCCGCCGGUCAAUCGGAAGAUACCAUCCACGAUGAUUCUGAAGCAGCGCAAGCGGCACAACCCCGCGCACCUGCACAAGCACAAGACCGCCAAUAUACGACGUGUCAAGCGACUGGGCACCGGUGACGGCCCGCACGUGGCCAGCGCCGUGUCCAUGAUCCAAGCGGGACCUCAGAUUCACUACAGGGUCACCAGGAGCGGCAGGGUCUACGGGAAAUAUGCGAACAAGGUCGCCAUCCGGAAUGGAAGCGGUAUUCAAGAAAGCCAUUGACGCUGCAUUAGGAUUAUCGAGCUCUCAACCACCGUCCUUGUCCCUGUGCUUGUAUGUGUAUACGUGUGUGUGUGUGUGUGUGUGUGUGUGAGUGAGCGUGCCACGUGAUCGUCGUGGUCGUCGACGUAAUUCCAUGCCCCUUGAAACAAUGUAAAUAUACACGUUGCAUUUCUACCUCUCUUCCUCUGUGACGCACAAUCUGUCUUUUUCUUGUGUUGUCGUUUGGUGUAAAAUUUCCGUCCGCGCGCGCGCUGCUCUCUUCGAGUUCCAAUUCUUUUAAAUCUCAGCUUGAGCCCGAGAAAGAGAAGCACUUGUGACGGUU